AUCCAGCUGUGGGGAAGAGUGCUUUAGCCCAGAUGUUCUGCAAUGAUGGGGCUCAUUUUCAGAAGAACUACACACUGACAACGGGCAUAGAACUGUUGGUGAAGGCUAUAUCAGUUCCAGAGACAAGUGAUAGUGUGGAAUUCUUCAUUUUUGACUCUGCAGGAAAAGACCUAUUUUCUGAAAUGCUGGGGAAACUGUGGGAGCAACCCAACGUCCUGUGCCUUGUGUAUGAUGUCACUAAUGAGCAAUCUUUCAACAACUGUGCCAAGUGGUUGGAGAAUCUGACGGCUCAAGCAGUUGGAGUGCACAUCUCAGGUGUCUUAGUGGGGAAUAAAACAGACCUGGUUGGUCGUCGAGUUGUGGAGCAGAAACAAGCACGGGAGUGGGCUGAGAAACAUGGGCUGGAAUACUGUGAGACGUCAGUGAAGGAGAUGAAAAAUUUUGAGGCCCCUUUCCACAUCCUGGCAAAGUCAUUCCACCAACUGUACAAAGAGAAAGUGGAAACUUUUCACUCACUAGCUUGAAGGCCGUGACUGGGAUGACUUAUUUAUCCUCUAAGCUUCUUCUAGUGCCCAGAAUCCUGCAGGAUGGAAUACAGAGAGAAGAAAAAAGAUGAGCUAUUUGCUUCUUCAUGGUCAUCUUCUGGUAAUUCAAAAUAAACUAGAUAUAAGAAAGUGGAAAG